AUGGUGCUACAUGCUGGGCCAGGCCUGCCCUCACCAGGAAUCUCACAUCUGGGCAUCCGGCCAUAUAACUGGCGUGCCGAAUGUCUGCAUGGGAUGGGCAGAGGAGAACCUGCCACUGCAUUCCCCAUGGCGAUAAAUUUGGCUGCUUCAUUCAGCCAGGCUACGAUGGAAGCCGUAGCGUUUGCAACAGGGCUUGAGGCAAGGGCUAUCCGAAACGCGAAUGUUGACCGCGGCAACUACUCGGUGAGGUGUGGCUUCAGUAACAAAGAAUGA